AUGUUCCUCGUUAAGCUCUUCUCGGCGGCCUUGUGCUUAACCGCACCUGUUAGGGCUUUUAAUUCUUAUGGGUUCAGUCCAGUAAACGGUGCGUACGUGUCUCAUGGAGGAACUCCCCCGCCUGACAUCUACGUACCGUCUGAUCACUUAGGGAAAUCCUUGCCUGACCUGUUCUACGCUACGAUUGAUGAUCUUCAAUUCGGACUUGCACAAGGAACCUUUACUAGCGUUGAUCUUGUUAAGGCGUAUUUCGCACGUAUUGAGGAGGUGAACAAUAUCACUCAUGCAGUCAUUGAGACCAAUCCCGAUGCUCUUGCGAUCGCUGCCUCUCUCGACGCGGAGAGAGCGAAUGGAGUCGUGCGUGGAAAAAUGCAUGGUAUCCCCGUGCUGGUGAAGGAUAACAUCGGAACGCUCGACAAGAUGAAUACAACUGCUGGUUCGUAUGCCUUUGUCGGCGCCAUAUUGCCCAGAGACUCCACUAUCGCGGCAAAGUUGAAAGCAGCCGGUGCUAUCCUCAUCGGGAAGGCCAAUCUUUCGCAGUUCGCCAACUAUAGGUCCACGAACUCUACAAAUGGUUGGACUUCUCGUGGGGGCCAGACGACGGCAGCAUAUUAUCCCUAUUUGGACCCGUCGGGCUCUAGUAGUGGCCCUGGGGUCUCAUGUUCGAUAGGUCUUGCUGCUGUUUGUAUUGGCACCGAAACGGACGGCUCUAUCAUCUCUCCCAGUAGUAGGAAUAGCCUAACUGGUAUAAAGCCCUCUGUCGGCCUGACAAGUCGUUAUCUCGUAAUCCCGAUUUCGCAGACACAGGAUACGGUUGGCCCCAUGACAAGGACGAUUAUGGAUGCCGCAUACGUCCUCUCCGUCAUCGCUGGCCCGGACCCAUAUGACAACUACACCUCUGCCAUCCCAUUCGACACUGUCCCCAAUUACGCUGCGAACUGUAACAUCAACGGUCUGCAAGGUGCAAAGAUUGGGAUCCCGCGCAAUGCGAUCUCUGUGCACACAAUAGAUGGCCCUGAAGUCGCUGCUUUCAACGCGUCGAUCCCAAUCUUCAAGGCGCUGGGCGCGACGGUCCUGGAGAGCGCUGAUUUCCCCGAUUUGGAAGGAUAUGUAAACUUCACCGGGUCCAGCUAUGCAACGGAUCCAGUUGUAGGUGCCGACUUUGUCGUCGGCAUAGCGAACUACUUCAAUGAGCUAGUGUACAACCCGCUUGAAAUCCAUAGCCUCACCGAACUAGCAAACUUCACGAUGAGCUAUCCCCCUGAGGAUUAUCCUGACCGCAACAUUGCUACCUGGCAGCAAGAUUUGGCCCUCAAUGUCACGCAGGGUGACUCUGCGUACUACACCGCGCUUCUGGAGCAAUACUACUAUGGCUCAAAUGCCACCAUCCUCGGUGCGCUCGACAAUUAUGACCUCGACGCGUUGAUCAUUCCGAGUUCCUUUGCCCCGGGAUACGCCGCCAUCGCGGGAUACCCAAUCGUCACUGUGCCGCUAAACUACUACCCUGGUAACACUACCGUCACCUGGAACUCGCGGUACACACUCGUCGAGUCUGCACCAAACAUGCCAUUUGGUAUCUCGAUCUAUGGAAGGCGCUUCAGCGAGGCCACGAUGGUGCAGUACGCGUGUGCCUUCGAGGCUGCUACGAAUUAUCGCAAUCUGAAGCUUCCUUACUUGAUACCAAACAUUCAGCUCGUCGACGUCAUGUAA